GAAAGAGUUCAACAGGAAACACCAUCCUGAAUCUACAGUUACUAAAACCAGUGAGAGACAUGAUGUAAAGACUGAUGACCGGAUCAUCUCAGUCAUCGACACUCCAGGCCUGUUUGAUACAAGAAUGACAAAACCGAAAAUUAAGAAUGAAAUAAGGAAGUGUGUCUACAGGUCUGUUCCUGGUCCUCAUGCAUUUCUGCUGGCCAUCAAAGUGGGGAGGUUCACAGAUGAAGAGAAGAGUGCAGUCAAAUGGAUUCAGGAGAACUUUGGAGAAGAAGCUGCAUGUUACACCAUCAUUCUGUUCACUCACACAGAUGCACUAGAGGAGAAACCAUUAGAUGAGUAUAUCAGAGAAAGUAAUGAUCUCAAGGCUCUUGUUAAUGAGUGUGGUGGCAGAUUUCACUCGAUCAACAAUAAAGACAUUGAGAACCGCUCUCAGGUCACAGAACUGCUGAAGAAGAUUGAGAAGAUGGUGGAGAAGAACGGAGGACAACAUUACACUGAUGAGAUGUUUCAGGAAGCUCAGAGAAGUAUACUUGAUAGAGUACAGUUCUGGUCAGAGAAACCUCGUAUUGUGCUGCUGGGUAAAACUGGAUCAGGAAAGACCAGAGUGGUGGAAACCAUCCUGGGCAGAGAGAGGAGAAAUUCACCAAAUUCUGAAACCUGUGAAGUACAUGAAGCAAAUGUGGAUAAAAAGAGCAUGGAAAUAAUUGACACUCCAGGACUGAUUGAUGCAUCAAAAGAGAAGAUGAAAAAAGAUGAAAUUGAGAAGUUUGUCUGUAUGUCUGCUCCUGGUCCUCAUGUG